CAACAUUUAACAAUGACAUCUCCCAUUGUGUUUUUGUUUAUUUUCUCAACUUUAGCAGCAACAGGUCAUUCACUCAUCUGCACAUACUGCUUGGGUCCAUCACCGACUAAUUGCACUGGAUACCUUGUUAACUGCGGCAAAGGAUACGUAUGUGGAUCUCAGUACGUUUACUAUAAGCAAAAUAAUACAUUUGACUAUUUGUUCGGACAGUAUUGUGCCUUACCAGCUGACUGUGGCACCACUGUGGACUUUGCGAGUACUAGUGUAAGAGGAGUAGCAACUACUACAUGUUGCCUUAUUAGUUAUUGUACACCAACUAUACCCAUACUGCCAGUCUGUCCAGUUCCAAAUUCAGAUUUGAAUGGAAAUUUCAGUCCCAAGAAGACCCAAUACUUGUUUAUGGACAAUGUGACCUUUACAUGUAAUACAGGUUUCACACUCGGGGGACUAAAUACAAUAAACUGCACAGUAACAGGAAACUGGAACUCAACACAACCUCAAUGCAAAGUGCAAGUCUGUCCUGUUCCAAAUGCAGUUUCUAAUGGAAGCUUUGGUCCCAUAAAGACGCAAUACAUAUACCAGGACUCUGUGAACUUCACAUGUAAUACAGGCUUUACACUUGUGGGGGUACCUUCAAUAUCCUGUACAGCAACGGGAACCUGGAGCUCAGCUGGACCUCUGUGCAAAGUGCAAGUCUGUCCAGUUCCAAAUUCCAUUUCUAAUGGAAGCUUUGGUACCAUAAAGACACAAUACGUAUAUCAGGACUCUGUGAACUUUACAUGUGAUCCAGGCUUUAUACUUGUGGGAGUAAAUUCGAUAUCCUGCACAGCAACGGGAACCUGGAGCUCAGCUGAACCUCAGUGUAAAGUGCAAGUCUGUCCAGUUCCAAAUUCCAUUUCUAAUGGAAGCUUUGAUCUGAAGAAGGCACAAUACAUAUGCCAGGACUCUGUAAAAUAUACAUGUGAUCCAGGCUUCAUACUUGUGGGGGUAGAUACAAUAUCCUGCACAGCAACGGGAACCUGGAGCUCAGCUGAACCUCAGUGUAAAGUGCAAGUCUGUCCAGUUCCAAAUUCAGUUUCUAAUGGAAUAUUUGAUCCCAUGAAGUCAGAAUACAUUUAUCAAGACUCUGUGAAAUAUACAUGUGAUCCAGGCUUUGUACUUGAGGGAGCAGAUUUAAUAUCCUGUACAGCAACGGGAACUUGGAGUUCAUCUGAACCUCAGUGCAAAGUUCAAAUCUGUCCAGUUCCAAGUUCCAUUUCUAAUGGAAGUAUUGAUCCCAUGAAGACAGAAUACAUAUACCAGGACUCUGUGAACUUUACAUGUGAUCCAGGCUUUGUACUUGUGGGAGAAGAUAUAAUAUCCUGCACAGCAACGGGAACCUGGAGCUCAGUAGAACCUCAGUGUAACGUGCAAGUCUGUCCAGUCCUAAAUUCGGUUUCUAAUGGACGUUUUGAUCCCAUGAAGACAGAAUACAUAUACCAGGACUCUGUGAACUUCACAUGUGAUCCAGGAUUUAUACUUGUGGGAGUAAAUGUAAUAUCCUGCACAUCAACGGGAACCUGGAGCUCAAUUGAACCUCAGUGCAAAGUGCAAAUCUGUCCAAUUCCAAAUUCAGUUUCUAAUGGAGCCUUUGAACCCAAGAAGGCACAAUACAUAUAUCAGGACUUCGUGAACUUUACAUGUGAUCCAGGGUUUUUACUUGUGGGAGUAGACUCAAUAUCCUGUACGACAACUGGAAUCUGGAGCUCAGCUGAACCGGAGUGCAAAGUGCAAGUCUGUCCAGUUCCAAAUUCAGUUUCUAAUGGAACCUUUGAUCUGAAGAAGACACAAUACAUAUACCAGGACUCUGUGAAAUAUACAUGUGAUCCAGGCUUUAUACUUGUGGGAGUAGAUACAAUAUCCUGUACGGCACCUGGAACCUGGAGCUCAGCUGCACCCCAUUGCAAAGUACAAGUCUGUUCAGUUCCAAAUUCAGUUUCUAAUGGAAGCUUUGGUCUGACGAAAACACAAUACAUAUACCAGGAUUCUGUGAAAUAUACAUGUAAUCCAGGAUUUACACUUGUGGGAGUAGAUACACUAUACUGUACAGCAACGGGAACCUGGAGCUCAGCUGCACCUCAGUGCAAUGUGCUAGUCUGCCCAGUUGCACAUUCAAUUUCUAAUGGAACCUUUAGUCCAAAGAAGACACAAUACGGGUACCAGGAAUUUGUAAAGUACACAUGUGAUCCAGGCUUUACACUUGUGGGAGUAGAUUCAAUAUUCUGCACAUCGAUGGGAAACUGGAGCUCAACUGAACCGCAAUGCAAAGUGCAAGUCUGUUCAGUUCCAAAUUCAGUUUCAAAUGGAAGCUUUGUUCCCAAGAAGACACAAUAUGUGUCUCAGGACUCUGUGAAAUAUACAUGUAAUGCAGGCUUUAUACUUGUGGGAGUAGAUACAAUAUUCUGUACAGCAACGGGAAACUGGAGCUUAGUUGAGCCUCAGUGCAAAGUGCAAGUCUGUCCAGUUCCAAAAUCAGUUUCUAAUGGAACCUUUGAUCUGAAGAAGACACAAUACAUAUACCAGGACUCUGUGAAAUAUACAUGUAAUGCAGGCUUUAUACUUGUGGGAGUAGAUACAAUAUUCUGCACAGCAACGGGAACCUGGAGCUCAGCGGAACCUCAGUGCCAAGGUUCCAAAAGUUGUAAACCUCCAAAUGCAAUUGCUAAUGGAAGUUUUGAUCCGAAGAAGACGCCGUAUGUGUACCCGGAUUCUGUAAAAUAUACAUGUGAUCAAGGCUUUACAUUGCUUGGAGUAGACUCAAUAAACUGCACAGCAACAGGAACCUGGAGCUCAGCUGUACCUCAGUGCAAAGUAAAACUAUGUCCUUCUCCAAGUACCAUUGCUAAUGGAAGCUUUGAGCCCAAGAAGACAGAAUACAAUUACAAGGAAUCUGUGACGUUUACUUGUGGUCCAGAUUUUUCAUUGGUCGGAGUAAAUUCAAUAUCCUGCACGGCAACGGGAACCUGGAGCUCCUCUGAACCUCAGUGCAAAGUGCAAGUCUGUCCAGUUCCAAAAUCAGUUUCUAAUGGAACCUUUGAUCUGAAGAAGGCACAAUACAUAUACCAGGACUCUGUGAAAUAUACAUGUGAUCCAGGCUUUAUACUUGUGGGAGUAGCUACAAUAUCCUGUACGGCAACUGGAAACUGGAGCUCAUCUGAACCUCAGUGCAAAGUGCAAGUCUGUCCAGUUCCAAAUGUAGUUUCUAAUGGAACCUUUGAUCUGAAGAAGGCACAAUACAUAUACCAGGACUCUGUAAAAUAUACAUGUGAUCCAGGCUUUAUACUUGUAGGAGUAGAUACAAUAUCCUGCACAGAAACGGGAACCUGGAGCUCAGCUGAACCUAAGUGCAAAGUGCAAGUCUGUCCAGUUCCAAAUUCCAUUUCUAAUGGAAUAUUUGAUCCCAUGAAGUCAGAAUACAUAUAUCAGGACUCUGUGAACUUUACAUGUGAUCCAGGCUUUGUACUUGAGGGAGCAGAUUCAAUAUCUUGUACAGCAACGGGAACUUGGAGUUCAUCUGAACCUCAGUGCAAAGUUCAAAUCUGCCCAGUUCCAAGUUCCAUUUCUAAUGGAAGUUUUGAUCCCAUGAAGACAGAAUACAUAUACCAGGACUCUGUGAACUUUACGUGUAACCUAGGCUUUAUACUUGUGGGAGUAGAUACAAUAUCCUGCACAGCAACGGGAACCUGGAGCUCAGUAGAACCUCAGUGUAACGUGCAAGUCUGUCCAGUUCCAAAUUCAGUUUCUAAUGGAAGUUUUGAUCCCAUGAAGUCAGAAUACAUAUAUCAGGACUCUGUGAACUUUACAUGUGAUCCGGGUUUUAUACUUGUUGGAGUAGAUUCAAUAUCCUGUACAGCAACGGGAACCUGGAGCUCAGUUGAACCUCAGUGCAAAGGUCUGUCCUGUGUAGAUUGUGUGAGUUCAAUAUCAUCGACAUGUACAGGAAGAACUAUGACCUGCCCGUCAGGAACUGUCUGUGGAUCUCAGUACAAUGUAACGUCUUCAGGUGGAAAAACCUCCAAAAUGUUUUCAAGAACAUGCAUUCAGAAAUCAUGGUGCUAUACGAAUGGAAGCUUUACGUUUAGCGGUGGGAGGACAAAGAUCGGAACCUCAUGCUGCUACACUUACAAUUGUACUCCAUCCAUCCCUGUGUUACCUGGUGAUAGUACUCAGUUAAAUGGACUGACUUGUCCAUCAUCAACCAGCAACAACAUUAAAUGUACUGGGAUUGAGAACAUAUGUCUUCAGCAAACAACCAUCAUAACAGGAAGCCAAUCAAAUACUAACGCAUUUCGUGGUUGUAUCACAAAAAGCAUUUGUGAUGCUGAGAUCCAAUUGAUAGACACCAGCCAGCCACGUACAUCUGUUAAGUUUACCUGCGCCAAUGGAUGUGUUGAUCUGCACUGCAACUUUUUCAUUCCUAUGUAUUUAUUUGCAUUUACCUUAUUCCUCUAAUAAAUCUAGACCCUUGUAAUUGCACACAA